AAUGAUGCACUGCAGCCGCAUGAAUUUUUAGUGCUCAACGAACGAGCUAACAGAGAAUACAACGAGCCAUACUAUUCCAACCCGUUCUCGUAUAUAUAUAUAUAUACUCUAUUAAAUAGUCUAAUUAAACAAGUGCUUCCAGUUAUAAUGCAUAAAUCUAUCAGUGCCUCAGCUUGCCUGCUCGCCUUUGUGGCCAUCAAUGGACUCAUGGUGGCAGCACAGGUACCCUUCCCUGGCCAGUGUCCUGAGGUUAAGAUACCUGACGAGUUCGACUUGGAAGCGUACAUGGGCGUCUGGUACGAGCACUCGAAGUAUCCGUUUCUCUUUGAAAUUGGCAAGAAAUGUAUUUACGCACGCUACGAGAUCGCCGACAACAGCACAGUGUCUGUUAUGAAUGCAGCUAUCAAUCGAUUAACUGGCAACCCAUCGAAUGUAACAGGCACAGCCAAGGUCAUUGCACCAGGUCAGCUGGCUGUGGUCUUCUCUAAAAAUCAGCAAGCGAAUAGAGCGAACUAUCAGGUGCUAGGCACCGAUUAUGAAUCGUACGCAGUUGUCUAUAGCUGCAGCAGUCUGACUCCGUUGGCCCAUUUAAAAAUCGUCUGGAUAUUGACGCGCCAGCGCGAGGCCACCAAGGAGACUAUCGAGACAGCCUACAAGGUACUGGAUGAUAAUAAGAUCAGCCGAGCGGUGCUAAUCAAGACCAACCAAAAGAACUGCCCCCAGCUGGCGGGCAACGGCACAGACGUAGCCAUGACCCAGCUGCUAGACGAAGACUUUGUCAGCAAUGAGCUGCCAAAGGCUAUUGAGGCAGCAUGAGAAUGGCUAAGACGCUUCAAUGAGCGUCUCUUCGAUAUAUUCAUGAACUUCUUAAAUGACUAAACAGCUUAACAGUGUCUAUAUAGUAUAUUCCUAACGUAUACUCAGACUACUAUAUAUGCAUGCUUGCACAGAAUGUAAAAUUAUUAAUAAUAUUAAUUACUGAACUCUUUGAUUAGCAGAGCCUUUACGAAUGUUCAUA